UGGAUAUAGACUUGCCCAUCUAUAUUAUGGUGUUCAUCUCUUUCUGCCUUACCUGCACCGUGUGUGUUUGUGCGCCAUGGCUUUUCCUCAGGUGCUACCUCCCAUCGCGUCAAUCCUCAUCACCUCGCUGCUGCUCCACCUCGCAGCGGCAUCUGCUCCUUGCGCCUUCCCGGCCAUCUUCAACUUCGGCGACUCUAACUCCGACACCGGAGGGCUGUCCGCCGCCUUCGGCCAGGCCCCGCCGCCCAACGGAGAAACGUUCUUCCGGAAGCCGGCGGGGAGGUACUGCGAUGGCCGCGUCAUCAUCGACUUCAUCGCAAACAGCUUGGGGCUUCCUCGUCUCAACGCGUAUCUCGAUUCGAUCGGGACCAACUUCUCCCACGGAGCAAACUUUGCGACGGCGGGGUCGACGAUAAGGCCACAGAACACGACCUUGUUCCAAUCUGGCUUCAGCCCUUUCUCCUUGGACGUGCAGACCUGGCAGUUCUCUCAAUUCAAGUCUCGGUCUCAGUCAUUUCUCGAUCAAGGACUGUUCAAGGAUCAACUGCCCAAGAAGGAAUACUUCUCUCGAGCUCUGUACACCUUCGACAUUGGGCAAAACGAUCUCACCGCAGGCUACUUCAGCAACAUGACAUCGGAAGAGGUCAAGGCAUCCAUCCCAGAUAUCCUCGACAAGUUCAGCAUAGCUGUAAAGGUAAGUAUCUACUGGGGGGGAGGAAGGUUCUUCUGGGUACACAACACGGGACCUUUCGGUUGUCUCGCUUACGUUUUGGACCGCCUCCUCCUUAGGGCACCCGAGGUCGAUCGUUUCGGCUGCGGGUCGCCCUUCAACGAGGUCGCGCAGCUCUUCAACACGAAGCUCGAGGAGGCCGUCGCCCAGCUGCGGGAGGAUCUCCCGCUUGCCGUCUUCACCUUCGUAGAUGUCUACUCCGUCAAGUAUGAGCUCAUAAGCCACGCGACCAAGCACGGGUUUGAGCUGCCGCUUGUUGCUUGCUGCGGCCAUGGCGGCAAGUACAACUACAACGCGAAUAAUGGCUGCGGGUCGAAGAUCACGGUGAACGGUACCGAGGUUGUGAUUGGGAAAUCAUGCAAGGAUCCAUCGAAGAGGAUCGUUUGGGAUGGAGUUCACUACACGGAGGCGGCAAACAGAUGGGUGUUCGAUCAAAUAGCAGAAGGGAAGUUCUCAGUUCCACCUACUCCUUUGAGAAUGGCGUGCAAAGAGAGGGCUCUUUGAACAGUUAGAAGGAACACACAAUAAUUAACCUCUCUCAAUUUUCUUUAUGCAAAUGAAUGGGUUUAUUGUGGGA